AUGUUAAUUUGGGGGAACGAUAUUGUCGGAAAACAAAGAUUAGCCGUCGGAAUAGCGAAGGCGGUAUUCGGUUCUUCGGAUUUUUUAUUCUGUUUGGACCCAAAGAAUAAUUGCCCGUUUACGGUGUCCGAGAACUCGGCCGCGCUCGAAAUGGCGUUGCGGAGCGUCGGAAAGCUCAUUGUGUUGGUCGAAAAUGUCGAUUCGGCUGAUCCCGGGUUUCUUAGGUUUCUCGCCGAUAUUUUGGAGGGGCGAAAGUGUCGUACGUGGACACGUGUUAUAUUUAUAUUGACAAUAUACGGCGACGGCGAUUAUGACACGUGGUGUAAUAUGUUUGGGGAUGACGAUGUAGUAUCGACUGUCAUUUCGAUGAAACUCAUUGUUUGUAAAUCGAAAUAUUCAAAUCCGAACCGUAAAAGAAAGAUGAAUCGAGAUGACGCGGCAAUUAGGCCGUGGAAGUGUCCGAGGAGGUGCGACAAAAUCGAUGAAGUCGAGGUUGAGAAAAGUGUUGGCCUCGUCCUCGCCCUCAACCUCAAUGUAAUAGCUGACGAUGACAACAUAGGCGACAACGAAAACUAUAGUCCGAUAUCGAGCGAUGUGACGUGCGAGCCGACGGUAACGGGACAACAUAGUUCUCCGUUAGCGUUCCUUAAAACCAUCGAAACUCAGAUCUUUUUCGACAGGUUGGACGAUGAUCGCAAGCGGGCAAAGCGAGCGUUGCGAUCGAAAUUCGAAUGUGCUUGCGGCGACCAGGCGGUUUUCUUGGAUGUCGAGGAGGCGGUGGUGGACGAGGUUUUCCGGUGGUCGGAAAUGUGUGGCGGCGGUGGCGGCGUGGUGGAGGAAUGGAUAGAGGAGGUCUUGGGGAGGAGCUUAGGUAUGGUUAGUGAGGGAGGGAAUGGUAGGAAUGUUGUUAGGGUGUGUUUGGGAGGGAAGGGACGACAAAUUGGAAUUGGAUAUAAGGGAAGUUGUCUUUUAAAAGGAUUUCUGUUUUGUUGGCGGACUGAAAUCUCACAAACAAACAGGGCACAAUCUCUCUGUUCUGUAUUUAAGGGAAUUGGAUAUAAGGGAAGUUGUCUUCCGUAG